AUGGCACAUAUUUCAUUAAAAAGGCAGGUCAAACAAGUGGAGAUAAAAUCAGAUGGAGAUGUGUUUCAUGAACUAUUUAGGUCUAAACCUCAUCACAUCUCCAACAUAUCUCCAACUAACUAUUUAGAUCUUCAUGAAGGUGAUUGGGGUACUGUUGGUUCGGUUAUCUUUUGGAAGUAUACUCAUGAUGGAAAAGAGAAGGUGGCAAAGGAGAGAAUAGAAGCAAUAGAUGAAGAGAAGAAAUUAGUGACUUUUAAGGUCAUUGAAGGUGACCUAAUGGAGUUGUAUAAGACAUGCAUUUUCACUGUCCACGUGGACACCCACGGUGAGAACAAUCUGGUGACGUGGACAGUAGAGUAUGAAAAACUGAAUGAGGAUGUAGAGGAUCUUACCUCCAUGCUGGACUUCUGUGUUGCCUUGACAAAGGAUAUCGAGACUCAUCAUCUCAAUAAUUAAGUAAUUAA